CUUUUGUCCUUGUCAUUGUCAACGGGUAUGUCGACGCUGCUCGCUGUGGCGUUUAGAAGGUGUGCACGCUGUGGCGCACAUGGGCUGCACUCAGGCUCGCUUCCGCUAGCUCCGGUCUGUCGCCGAGGCUCCUGUCGACCCCCACAGGCUCCUCACCGCCUCCCAUGCGUGCAGCUCACCGCCUCUGACCAUCCCACCUCAACACACCUCCGCAUCACAUCGACCACCAGACAGCUUCUGGCUGGCGCGCAAACGUCACCGAACAGCCACGGACAGCUCGGCCCAACUCGCCCAGUUGUGUGGCACGGGACAAGGCUGCACAUCUAGCCUUGCUCGGACAUUGUAGCUCUAACUCUCUGCCUGCGACCUGCUGGAACUCAAUCGCCCACGGCGACUUCUCGUGUCUCCCCACCGUUCCGUGUCUAGCCAGGGGGUGGCGACUCGGCGGUGACCCGACCUUGUGCUUUAUACCGACCACCGACUCGCCAUGGCUCGCGGGAUCUCGACGCUGCUGACCUCGACGACGCCGCGCGCACUCGCCCCGGCGAGGGUCUCCAUUGGACAUGUACAGCUCCGUGAUGUUGUAAUCUGCCCCCAUGACAAGGGCCUAGUAACUUAUCCUCACCAUUUCUCUAUUGUGGAACACGACAUACACGCCCCCAAUUCGGCUCCCCGGACACUUGCCGAACUCGAUUUCAUUCCCAACUCCGUGUCUGCUCUUCCAAUCCCCGGCACAGAUGACACUGUACUCGCAGCGGGUGGUCAAGAGGCCGAGCUGUACCUCAGCGUGUUCUCUUCCACUUCGAGCGGCUACAGCAGCACAGGAAUCCCUCGCCGACCAGCGCGAGGAUUCGGAAAGAAGCAGUGGGAGAACAAGUUCACCAUCGAACCAGGCUCUAUCAACAACUCUGUGUCCCUCACAUCGAUCAACCUGACGCGGUCAAACGAAAGCAGUGUUGAGCCCCGCUUGGUCGUGAGCAACAACGACCACACCAUCAAGUUCUUCGAGAUUGGCAUGCGACGGAACAAAUCAAACGCGCCGAGACUGCAGGACGGCGGCCAGCUCAAGUUAGACGUCGCUGUCAACCAUUCGUCCAUCUCCCCGGACGGACGGACGCUCCUGUGCGUCGGCGAUUCGCCCGAUGUCUUCUUGUAUCGCAUUAGGGGCGGAGCACACCUCAGUUUCGAUCCGAUAUCGAAGCUGUCACUCGCACCAUAUAUCGCCAAUAGCCCUUACUACUACACGCCUUCGACAUUGUCGAUCAACUCGGUUCCCGCGUCGUUCUCAACUGCGUUCUCCGCUGAUGGCUCCAAAUUUGUUGUUGGGUCGCAAGAGGGGGCUGUGGUCGUGUGGGAUGUGCGCAGCACGAAGCCGCUGAAGGUGAUGCAGACGAAUAAGCACAGGGGAUUGGAGCGGAUUGCGAACGGCGAGGCAAGCGGAUAUCUGUACGAUCAGCCAUGGGACUGGACGAGGGGAGCGGGUAGUGCACCCGGGUGGGGUGUCCGGAGUUUGAAGUUCAGCCCAUCUGGCGUCGGACGAGAGGUGCUGACCUUCACGGAGCACACGGCGCUCGUCCAUGUUAUUGAUGCCCGGACCUUCGAGAAAGAGGAGAUCAUACGCAUGCCCACUCCCGCCGCACGACCAGUGCUGGAGACAAUGCCCAUUCGGCCAAGAUCAACAUCACCGCCUAUCCCACAUCCUGCUAGUUUCUCAUCGAUGGCGAACAUACGCUCGUCGCCACCCCCGCGGAUAGUCCUCUUCAGUGGUGCACUCGAAGACACCUUCCGUAUACCCUCAACCUCGGAGACCAACUCACGGAGGAGAGCCCUUGGCCGUCGGUUGCGCGGCAGUGGCAGGGAUGAUGUCAACCCGGAUGACGAUGUCGACGGUAUCGUCGUCAUCCCGCCGUUAGGCGAUCCUCAGGUAGAGGACGACGUCCGCCGGCUCCUCAGCGAGCAAGGCCUUCGCACACGGUCGGCGGUCCUCGAUCGUGGCGAGGUUCGGGACACCGCUAUGAGCGAACGAGAACGCGACCCUCCAGAAGAUGACGAUGCGAUGGACGUUGACGAGCCUGAAUCCGACUGCUUCUCGUCGCAUACCCCGUCGCGCGCGUCCUCGCCUGCUCUGCCUCCGACUCCGCAUCCACCCUCACGUUCGGCCGACCAUCUACGCGUGCCCUUCCCGGUCUCGCUCGCGCCACGCGAGAGCGUGCAACGGCUGUCGUCGCGCCGGCGUAGACGCGUAAAACCCGCGGAGCCGGAGGUCGACGUCGACCUGGCGGGUACGUGCUUCGACCCGACGGGCUCGUCGAUCUACGUCGCGUCCGUGAAGGGUAUCGCGGAGUGGACCGUGCGCGGCGCGGAGCAGCGCUGGUGGACAGACCCCGAGUGGGCGUGAAGCGGUGUGCGGUUUGUAAUUGUGUGUCUGUAUCUGUGUCUGCUUGCUCAUGCUGUGUGUGGUACAUCUCUCCCUUCCGAGUCUGUAUACUCCCUGUCGCUAUUGCGGAUGGUGGUUCCUACAUGUCUACAUGUAUGUAUGAUUAUGCACGCUAUCGGAUUCUCAAUUGUACCUGUUUUACGAGACGUCAUGACUAUCUAUUGCCUAUGUUCGGAUUUCUGAGUGCACUGAAAGUUUGAACUUGUUUAGGACCUGUGACCCUUGACGUUUGGCUUCAUAUGUGCCCACUCGUUUCGAACGGUCC